AUGAAGACUUCCCUAGCAACAGAGUUUCGUAAACAGCAUCCACGUCCUCUGGACCCAGAAACAACCAGCAAAAUGUCUCAAGAGAACACGGAAGAUGUACAAGUUCCAUCUGGAAACCUAUUUCGAAGACGUACAGAACUCGAUGCACAGAAAAUCCAAUCUCGCGCGCCUAACGACGAAGAGAUGCAACAGCCGACAAUGCCUUCAUAUCCAAACGCGAUAGGUAAAGCGUACGCGUACAGGGUUACAUUCAUUCUUGACCCGUCUGAAGGAGUCGACAGGCUUAAACACAUGUUGUUAAAAGCUGCUGGUCACAAUCUUGUAUCAAGGCAAACCAAUACGGAGUUGGAAUAG